AGCAUCCUGUUAUAACUGAAGUUAAAGGAAUUAUUCUUAAACAAAACGACAAAGCAAUGAUGAAAAGAGAACUUCUGCUGCUUUGCAACACGGCAAACAGACACCCGCUAAAGUACGCAUGGUUUAAAGAUGAUGAACCGCUGAUUAAUGGAGAGGACUCAGUUAAAGUUUCCUUGCAAGACGAUGAAACCAAAUACACAUGUCAUGUGUCAAACAUAGCCGGAAAAACUUCCAGAUCCUUGGUCAUCUCCCCUAUGGGAGGACCAGAAGUAUCAGAGGUCGGUCACGGUGCCGAUCGCUCCUUGUCAACCAAUUUGGUCAUCGUCAUUGCUGUUUUGUCCGUUCUCCUCAUAAUCUGCUCUGUUGUGGGUUUUACCCACAGAAAGAUCACAAAGUUAAUAAUUGAGAAAAGGAAAUCCAGAAAAUUUACAGUACAGAGCACCUCUACUGAGAUGGCAACUGUGGAGGAAAUAGAGUCACCGAGACCAGAGUCACGGACCGAAACUAUCACGCGUGAUAACGAUGAGGUUUUCCCAUAUGAUGUUAUAUCGGCAUGGACUGAUUCAAACGGGCUUUACAUGAGCUUGAGACGCGAGGGAAACGAUGGCGAACUUGAAGAUGCCACGCAAGUUGCAAGAACUGACUAUACUAACAUUUCCCCUAGCAAUCGUAACGAUAGCGCAGCUAAUUGCAUGUACGCACCAUUGAUUCAUACUGCAGGAUUGCAAAGUGCUAGAGAAAUGAAACGUCCAUACGUGAACGUGGACACCAUAGAGACUUCAUCAGAUAUGUAGAAAAAACCUUAUAUGGUUAUCAAAUGGCCUUUAAAAAGGCUAUUUCCUUGUAAAACCUUGUAAUUUCUGGUUUUGCUCCUGUUUGGCUGAAAACGGCGCGAAACAGAAUUAAUGUACUUUUAAAUUGUGUUCCUCAAGUGCGAAGCCGAAGUGUGAAUACUAUUAUGUUUGACUCCUUGACUUUGAGACGGUAACGAAGCCAGCUAAGAGUAGUUUACCUUUAGUAGCAACCGCUCUGUAUAUUUGUAGUUGGACUUAUCAUUAUUUUUUUUAUUUGAAAUUUUACUCGCCUCAGAAGGUUCAGUUAGGUCUUUUUACCCCUUUGGUAUAGUCUACCUACGGAGGACUUUGGAAUAUUAAGGUUAACAAAAUGGAAACUCCCAUCCCUCAAAGCAAUGAAGGAUAUGUCUUGAAAUGAGGAAAGGAUGAUCCAGGUACCUUUUAAUUUAUGUCCAAGAAAGUAGGUACGUGCGCUAGGUAAGACAGUGACGAAAGAGAGCUAGGGAAGCGAGCUGUAUUUUGAUCCCGAAGCAGGAGUUGAGUUUAACCCUUUACACCAUAACAUCAGUAUGCAUAUUCUCCUUGUUGUUCUGUAUAAAGUUCUGAGGCGCUGGCAAGGGGAAUUUGUUUAACAAGCAGGAGCUUCUGUACUUGAUGAUUACUUUCUUUAUUCUCGACACCUUACUGGGUGAUUCAGGGGUGACGUUGUAAGGAGAAAUUAGAUUCUAAUCACUCCAAGGGGUCAAAGGAUUAACAGAAUGUGGAAGUAGAUACCUUUGUACGCUUAUAGCAGAUGAAUAUGCUGUGUUGUAAAUACGAUUAGCUACAGAAUAUGUUCUUGGAUCUAUGUUGGUACAACUGAUAAUUAGAAAUUAGAAACAUAUUGGACGAGGCUUAGAACGAUCUAAAGUAUAUCGAAACUCCAUCCUCCUGGGAUGGUGUAAAAAAUAUUUAGGACCGUGCCAACAAUUGAAUAGUGUGAUUACAAUGUAAAUGUUUUAACACACGAAUUAGUGUUGUAAUUGAUCACCGAAGUACUGUCGUAAUCAGGCUAAAAAGAUUCUAUGUUAAGUUAGCUUAGAUGGGAAGAUUCCACAAUGAAAUCUUGGUUGUACGCUUUGCUUAUUCUAAGGUUUUAUGUGUUAAUAUAUCAACCGA